AUGUCUACCUGUGUCUCUUUUAUCAAGAAAUCCUCCUCAAAGAUCAUGACCUGCUUUGGGAACCCCGAGCGGAGGACGGGAUGCAGGAAGGGGCCCACGGAGAACGAGGACGUUCUGGCGAUCACCAAGCCGGUCAUGGCCACGAGUCCUGUGACUGUCGACGAAAAGAGCGAAGACCAUGUCCGGUCCAACGUUCCCGCCUCACCCCUUGAUGAACAGAGGAAAGCCAAACGAGAGGCCAGAAGAGUAAAGUGGGCCUCGAUGUGCACUCAAUUCAAGCAAAGGACCAACAAGAUGGCUAAAGCACUCGCCAAGCCUCUCAUCAUAAUUGUCGCAGUCAUCUUCGGUCCGGUACUAUUGGUGAUUGAUCUCGGGGUCUUUCUAAUCCUCUUCGUGGGCAGACUGGUGUUUAGCAUCUUGGAUCUUCUCUUUGCCUCGAUCUACGCCUGCUUUGUGUGGUAUGAUGGAUGCUAA